AUGUUAGCCAACAGAGUUCUCAGGAAGAGCUAUAUGUCUAAAUGCUCUGCAAUGAAUAGCCUCACAAAGACCACUUUGAUGGGAUAUCACACUAUUGGAAAAUCGAAGAAUAGUUUGGUCAAAGAAGAAUCAGUUAAUGUCUAUUUGGGCCAAGAAUAUGAAGAAUUGAGUAAUAUUUCUUCAGAGCAAUGGUUUAAUGGUAUUACGAGGAGCACUGCUGCUAAUAAGUACGUCUCUUUGUUGCCAUUUUUCAUGGAAGCCAGAUUUAAGCAGAAAAGUUUUGUGUUAAGAAUGGACCUUCUUCCAGAAAGUGAAUAUUUGAAGUUUUAUACUUUGACUCUUAGUGGAAUUGCAGAGAAAUAUGAAGCUAUUAAAAAUAUUGUCCCAGUGACUAGGUAUGACUACCGUGCAAUUUAUGGUAGGAUCCUUAUGAAACAAAACACCAUUCUUGAUCUCGAUAUGGUUUAUGGAAAUUACGGUACUCACGACCUCUACAUUUUUGACAAAUCUGGUGAAUGGAAGGACGAAGGUAUCAACCAUGAAAAACUCAGCCUCGAAAAUACCUAUAACGAGACCAACUGGUUCGAUGAGUUCACACCUCCAGCUUAUUAA